AUGCAGCGCGCCCUGGCGCGCUGGGCGGUCCUCGAUGGCGCGGCCUUCGGCGCCGACCCAGUGUCGAGGCUCUCGCCGUUCGCGCUCGCCCGCAUGGCCCAGCGGGCUGCGCGCGAGAACAGGACCAGCGUCAGCCUUUGGAGGGCGCUGGCGGCCCGAGCGGUUGCGGUGGCGCCGACGAUGCAGCCGUCGGACAUGUCUAUGCUCGUCUUCGCGUUUGCCAAGCUGCGCUUCCGCGAUCGCCAGAUGAUGUCCCGCAUCGCCGAGGCUACGCCUAUGAUCGUGGGACAGUUUCGAGCCGCAGACAUCACGUUUUUCCUCGCUGCGUUUGCCAGGUUGGACGUCCAACACAGGCUCGUCUUCAACCUCUUCGCUCGCGAAAUUGCGAGGAAGCUGCACGAUUUCUCUGCGGCGCAGCUGGGAGAGCUCGUGUACGCGUACGCGCGCCUCAACUUGCGUCACGAGAUAUUGCUGGGUGUUGUAAAGAAGCGCGUCACAGAGGUGGUCAAGGCUCUGCAGCCGCGGCACUUGGCCAUGAUCACCAAUGGCUUCGCACGCCUGGCCGUGGCGGACGAGCGUUUCUUCACCGUCAUCGCUGCGGAGGUGUCCCGCAAGACGCCCGACUUCAGUGGGCAGUGCCUGGCCCUCGUCGCCAACGCCUAUGCCAGGCUCAGCGUGCGCAACCGCUUCCUGCUGGAGAUGCUCGGGGAUGAGGCGUUCCGGAAGCGCGGGGAGCUGGCCCCGCAGUCCGUGGCCCUCCUGCUGAACGCCCACGCCAGGCUGCGCCUCGCGAACCCUAUCCUGUUCGACUACUUCGCCCAGGAGGUCCCGAGGCGCAUCCGGGUGCAGACCCUGCAGUCGGCCUGCCUGGUCGCCAGCGCCUUCGCCCGCCAGCGCCGCGCGGAGCCGGCCCUGUUCGAGAAGCUGGGGGACUUCGCCUGCGAGAGGGCCUCGGAGCUGUACCCGCGCGCGGUGGCCACACUGCUCUACGCGUUCGCGGAGGUGGACAUCCGCCACGGGGUCCUGUUCUACAACGUGCCGAGCUACGUCGUCAGAAGCAUCUCGGCCUUCUCGACAGACGAGCUCGCCAUGGUCGCGAGGUCGUAUGGCCACUUCCAGAUGGUCCACCUCCAGCUCUUCGAUGCCAUCACCGCGGUGCUGCCAGAGCGUGUCCUGGUCGCGCCCGAGCCCGAGGUCCCGCUGCUCGAUGGCGAGGGGGACGAGCACUCCUUCGAGGACGAUCCCGCGCCGUCGGCGCCCGGCGACUCGGCGCCACGCGUGGGUGCGCUGGUGGGGCUGCUGGAAGCGUACGCGCGCCUCACCAUCUACGACGCGGGCGUCCUGCAGUUGCUCUGCGACGCAGUGACCGCCCGCGGCUCGGAGCUGGAGCCGGCGCAGGUGGUGCAGGUCGCUCGCUCGGCCGCCGCGCUGUCCUUCGCCCACCCCGGGGUCAUCAGGCUGGCCACGGACUGCCUGACCAGCCGCGGGGAAGACCUGCCCCUGGAGCAGCUGGAACUGCUGGGCAGGGCCCUGGAGACGCUGGGCGUUGCGGCGCCCGCAGGUGGCUCGGCCGUGCGCCUGCUGGAGCGCCCUGUGGCGACCGCGCCCGCAGACGGGCCCAGGCCUCCUGUGGGGGCUGCUGCGGUCACCGACGGUGGCUGA